UGCAAAAAGUUGGAAAAAGUGUUGCUAACGCAACAGCGUAAAAGUGUUCUUUUCUAAAUUUUUCAUGUGCUGUGCGAUGAAACAAAUCCUGUUGUGCAUGCUACAAACAGUUGCAUAUUGCAUUUACAAUCAAAUAUUUGUGCAUUUUGACCUCUCUGCCACAAUGGCAAUUUGCAAUUUCAGUGUAUAAAUGCCGUUUUACUUGUAAUGUUCAAAGAGAAGGUCAGAAAAAUGUACACAGUUCUGUGUAGUAGCAGCAGUGCAUAGAUUGUAGGCAUACCUGCGCUCCCAAGUGUAAGUGUGUGCGUGUGCGCAUAAUGUUAUACAGCUGUCGCCGCCUAUCGUGUGUAUCAGUGAAUAACAAAUGUGAUCAACAAAAAAGUGCAUUGUAAGCAUUGUUAAUGCAUUCACAUACAGGGCCCAAUCAUAUAUAUGACAACAUAUGUAUACAUACUAAUGAAAAAAGGCGCAUUCCUUUUCAAUUGCAAAAAAAACCUGUGUGGCAAAAUGACGUGUUUUGCGCUGGUGUUGCCACUGACAACAGCAACAGGGUUGCCAACUAGCGUGCGCAACAAAUCGCAAGCUAAGCUAAGCUAUCCGCAGCGAAUAAUCUGACAAUAUCUGAUUAAAUAUUACGCGCUUAACAAACAAUGAAUAAAUCGAGUCCUAUAGCCCCGGGAUAAUCUUCGUCAGUAGUAUUACGUCCAUAAAAUUCGCCCAUAAAUGGAAUGCCGUUGCACUGGCAACGCCAGUUCGAAUUCAGUAGCUUGACAACACUAGUUGGCUUGUAUGGCAAAAAAAGGAAUAAUUUUUUUACGAAUUGUGAAGCUACCGACGAAGACGAGGCCGCCUAAAAAGGCAACCAUAAGAAUUGUCAAGUAAUUAACGAUACAAAUGUUUCAUCCCAUGCUUUUUCUGUGCAGUGUUUUAAUUCUACGACCCAGCCGUUUAACUGUCAUCCGAUAAACCCAAGCAAACAACAACAGCAGGAGGCAUCAACCGACACUCUGCAACAUUUUGUUGCAGCACAAGUGCAAUUGUCGCACAUUUGAUUGCCGCAUAUCUCACUUUACACAGAAGAACUAAUAAAUGUAUUGUUGAGUCAACGUAGAUCUGCGAAAAUAGGACAGUUGGCCGUGUUUUAAAACAGUGUGUGGUUCGGCGCCACAGCGAGCGAGUGGUUCGGUUAUUUUUUUGUGUGUGCCUUGACAAGUGCAAAAGCAGGAGGAGUAGAAGUCAAUACGCAAUAGGAGGGCAGCGCCCCUAAACUAUAUUAUUUGAAAUCGACAAUAACUAACGGAAGACCAACAGAAGCGGCAGCAUCGUUAACUAGCAGAAGCGGUGGCGUCCGCAAGGCGCUGGCCAGCUGUGAGCUUCCUAGCUAAUACCGUGGGGAAGAGGAAAAGCAGAGCCACCCACCAGCAGCAGAUAAGCCCAACACCGGGCAACAGUUCGUUCGGGAAAUUUUUGAUGGCAUUUGAUUGUUUCGUCACCUGGUCGCCCUGUUAUAUGCCACCCAAAAGAUGAACAAUGAACAAAAGCCAGCAUCACCAGAGACAUCAUCAUCCACAACACAACCAUCCACAACCUCAUUUGCAACCGCUUCUGGUGAGCGAUCUGCAGAGCGCUUGGCUGCAGCCAAUAGUAAGAUACCAUCCAUUAUACUCCAUACGCCCAUUGUAUCAAUUGCGUCUGGGACUAUGAGCAAAAGCACUACCACUACAACAUCGACAAAGACAACUCCGACCGCACAUAGCACAGAAGAGCUGUUAGAAGCAAUGGCAAAUAAUUUGGCAAAACACGACAGCGUGCCGGUGCAACGUGACGAUGGGAGUAUCGGGUUUCGUGGCCAGAAAAAAGCAGCGUCUACAAAUACGAAAUCCACAUCAAAGUCAGUGACAGAUAGCGAUAAGAGGAAGUCAUACUCCCCCCCAAUCAGUGGCAGCAACAGUACCAUUAACAGUCAUAACAAUCCCAGUGGCAGUGGCAGUGGCAGUGGCUGUGGCAUUGGCAGCGAUAGCUCCACCACUCCCGUACCAUCGUUAUCAGCGUCAACGUCAGCAUCAGCGUCAGAGGUCCUGUCAACUUCCAGUAACAUAACGACUCCUGAAGAAGCAGGGGCCGCCAACUUCGUCUACUCAUUUCUUGACGAUACGUCAAAGCUGGAAGGACCCACACGCAGGCGCCUGCAGUAUGGGGUGGGAGCGACGGGUAAAACCCAGGAUGAUCAGAAUGUGGGAAAGCGACAGAAAAAGAAAAAGACAAAAUACGAUGCCUGGGAAGAUAGCGACUUCAAUGAUCUCGAUGAUGCGUCACUGAAGAAGCUUCUCGAGGAGGCGUAUUGGUACCGUAAUCCUGGCGACAGGAAAAACAAAAGCGAGCGUUUUCUGCAAAUGCUCAAAAAGGCUGAGUACGACGAAGAGAUCUCUUAUCGUGCCAUUAAAUCCUGCCUCACACUCAACCCAACCACUCUAGCGACGUCAGCGUCCACAUCCGGGGUAGCCGGCAUUAGCAGCAGCAGUAACAACAACACCCACCACACAAACAAUCGAUCCGGGGAGCGUCACAAGCAGGGCGGCUCCUUGCAGGAUCUUGUCGAGGCGGCUCAUCGAAGUGGGGCGGCCACCACAUCUGCGGCGGCGGCAGCAGCAGCAGCAGCGGCGGCAGCCACAUCGGCGACAACCCAACGUUUCAACUGUGAUUACCAGCUGAGUGGACGCGCGAACCGUCGCCACCAGCAGCAGCACAACAACAACAACAACAACAACCAAAACGCACCCUCUGCCUCCAAAAAGAUCAAGAACUGGUCGGUGUCGGGACGGCAGCGCGAGGGAGGAAGCCUUCCGAGCAGCGUCAACUUUGAGCCAGCGACAACGUCCAUGGAUGCCAAGCUGAAACAGACUAUGGGCGAGUCAUCCCAGUCCCAGGCUGCAGCUGGCAAGAACAGUGCCGGCAGCUGCAGCAGCCUGCCCAGCCACCUGGGCGAGGCUGAGGCCGGCACCCAGUUCGAUAUGGAUGAUGAUGAGACGGGUGGUGGUGCGAGUGGGAGUGCUGCCGCAGGCGCUGGCCCAAUCCAACAAGAAUGCCUGUUGGAGGUAAGCGAUGAUACACUGAAUCAAUGGGACGUCUGUAUGGAUCAAACGCUCUGGGAGAUAGCUCAAUCGAGUCUAAUCGAAACCGAUGGGUGGCAAAUUGGGUCAAGUCCAUUUGAGGCGCUUUCGGAGGACAAUCGCGGAAUAAAAAAGAAGAAAGCAGGCGGCGCCAAUCCAUCAACGUCGUAUCUCAGCACAAAGGUGCUCGACAAUUUCAUGCAAAACUACAGCCCGCAUCAGCCCGAGUCGAGGGAUUCGGCCAUUGGAGGCGAGUAUCAAAUCGGAGAAACCCUGCCGUUGUUGGGGUCCGUUGGCAUCAGGUCACCCGGAAUGCCCCACAUGCAAGUACACCAACAGAACAUGCAACUCCAGGCACAGUAUUCGGCUGGUGGACACUUUGAAAGGGGAGUAGACGAUCCCACCCGCAAAGUAGACGCCGGCUAUGUGUCGCUGAGCGACAGCUAUACGGCCUGCUCCUCGGUCUACGCCGAUACGUCGACGAUAUCCCUUCCAAGCCGAGCCGCAUCCUCGGGGGAUGUGUUUGGCAGGAAAAGCGGUCGUGCAGGUCCCGCGGUAACGGGUGCCAAGUCCACAUCGCGUAACCUCGAUGAGAAUGGCAACGCCCUGAGCGAUGGGUACGGCGCCAAUGGCACGCCCAGCAGCAGCAGUAGCAAUGGAAAUGGCAAUGGCAAUGCCAAUGGCAAUGGCGGAAGCGGAUCUAAUCAGUUUACGGCCCUGAUCACCACUACGAUGGGUGCAAAUGCACCGCCAUCGUCCGCAAGCCGCCAGAACAGCGUGUCCACGCUGCUCACAACCGGGAGCAACACAACAACCACUGCAAUGGCAGCCGCUGCAGUGGCGGCCUCCUUCAAUAGCCAGUUGCAGCAGGUUAACGUGGGGAACGGAUCGGGAGGAAUCGGAGCCGCAGCCGGAGUUGGAGUGGGUCCCGGAGUCGGAGUUAGUGCCGGUGCCGGCACUGGGGGACAGCCGACCAAGACCAAGUCAAAGAAGAGGUCGCAGCAGGAGCGCAACACAACCACUGUGGAUGCCGAGUCAGUGGCCGGGUAUCGCGGCAAAGAGUCGGUGGAGCAGCUGGUCAAGUACAUCGAGAACGAUGGCAACAGCGGCGGACAGAAGAAAAAGGAGCGCAAGAAGCAAAACCAGAAGCUUAAGAAGAGCAACUCGCUGGAGGAGCUGCGUAGCUGUUCCAAAAUGGAGGCGGACGACCUCAAGCGCGAGUCGGCCACCACCGAGAUGAUGCCCCAGAAGAAGGACUCCAACAAUGCGAAUGCCAGUGGCAGUGGCAAACAGAACUCUGCCUCCGUGGCGGACAUUAGCAAGAACUGCAGCAAGGAGCAGCAGCAGCAGGUCACACCUGUCCAAGUCCAAGUCCAAGUACGUAAGGUCGCUGAAACCGCCGCUCAGCAGCGGAAAGGAGAGCGCCGUUCCUGGGGCACCGAGGAGCUGCAGUAUCUGGGGGAUCAGGAAUAUCGCAAGCCAGGCUUGGGUAAGGCUGCGGCCCGCUCUGAGCCCGAUAUCGAGGCGGAACCGAUGCCGCUCUCCCUGCCGGCCCUCUCUUGUAUGUCCGAAAUGGAUGCCCUGAACACCGUCCUCUCAGAGACAGCCGAAUUCCAUGUGGUGACAAAGAAGAAGAAACCAAAGAAGCAGCGAGCCGUCACCAUGGACGAUGCGGCCGUCGCGGCCGCUGCCCACGCGGGAGGCAAUCUGCAGCGCAUGCAGCAGAUCACAAAAUCUGCCUCCUCCAACAUGAUGUCCCAGCGGACCCACUACUACACGGCGUACACCAACAGCGGCACGGGCUCCGGCUCUGGCUCUGGCUCCGGCUCCAGCAACCAUCAUGGCCAGUAUCCGAGCAAGUCGGCACAGCAGCAGCAGCCGCAGUACCAGGAUGCGCAGCCGCAGCAUCACCAUCACCACCAUCAUCAUUACCAUCAUCAUCAUCAUCAUGGUGGGUCGGGUUCGGUCAAAAAGGACAGCUCGCGACGCAAGUCCACAUCCUCGAUGCCGCCCUCGGAGAAAUCCGAUUCCAGUGAUCUCGACUCAGUCCACUCGCUGCCGAUCCAGACGGUCAAGAAGAAGAGUCUCGGCUUCAGCAGCGGCGGCGGCGGCGCCGGCACCACCAACAACAAGGAGCGGGCAGCGCAGGCCGCCACCCAACGUCAGGUUAAGAAAAAGACCCUGGCACCAGCUCCAAUUUCCUAUGCGGACAUAGCCCGCAACAAGCGGGAGGCCCUGAAGAAUGCCAGUGGCAAUGGCAGUGCAAAUGCCAGCGACCCAGAGCCGUCCGAAUCAGCUGCAGGAGCUGGUGGGGCUGAUAAGCCCGCCGGCGGCAAGGGCAGCAAGUCUAAAGUCAAACCGGAUUUCCCAGAGCUGCCAGUAGCUCUAUCCAUACCGGUAGCCAUCAGCACCGCCACCAGCACUAGCAGCAACACUGCCACCAAUCAGGUGGCCAGUUCCAGCAACAACUCGUCGUCGGCGGGAUCGAUCAGCUACUCGAAGAGCCUGAAUGCGACACCUGCCAGCAGCACCAGCGACGUUGAUGCCUCGCCAGAGCUCACCCCCACUUGCACGACUGCCCCCAGCAGCAGCCUCUCCUCGUCACAGCCGGCGCUGCAAAAGUCCAAGAGUGUGGAGCACGAUGCCACUUAUACGUUCAACAGCAGCAACCUCGAUCAGCAGUACCCAGCCCUUGAGAAGACUGUCAAGAGGCAUAGCACAACCAAUGUGUCUCUGACAGCCGGCGUCUAUCCAACUUCUAGUUCAGGAUCGUCCGCAGGGACGGGCUCGUCAUCAAUUUUCAACUUUGCUGCCGCAACCAAGUUACAGAUGGUGGACAAAUCCACGGGAACCACAUCAUUACCAACUACCUCAGCCAAGUCCAAGACAAAGUCAAAGGACCUGUCAUACAGCAGCGCAAGCAGCACCACCAGCAGCAGCUCGGGCAGUACCAGCAGCAAGAAGUCCAUGAAGCUUGGCAACGAAGAGCCGGCGACUACUCCAGUGUCCAUGCCAGUUGCCCAGAAGUCGACGACGGCCACCCAGACCGAGGGGACCAAGAAGAUGGGCCACAAGAUGUCCCACACCAGCAGCAAGCUGACACCUGAGCUUAUCGCUGGUCGGCCGGCGGUGAUAAUACUCAACGAUGAUCGCGACUCGGAAGAGGAGGGACUCAACAACGAGUUCAUCUUUGGGGAUUUCAACGAGGAUGAGCUGAAGCUCUUCGACGACAAGAAAGAGGAGAAGGAAAAUGAAAAAGAGAAAGAGAAAGAAAAGGAGAAGGAGAAGAGUGAGAAGAAGGUGAAACCACCAGAGUCGCAGCCGAAAUCACAGGCAGAGCCAACAAAGCCACAGGCAGAGCUACAGCCAGGGCCAAUGCCCCAGGCAGAGCCACAGGCAAAACCAUUAGCCACACAGAUGGACAAGCCAGAGCCCAUGGAUGAGAAUGUGGAUGAGGAGGAGGAUGAUAAUCAGAUUCCAGAAGCAGAACCAGAACCAGAACAAAUCGGGGAGGACAAAACUGAGAAGAAGGAGACAGAAAACGCAGCAGCCACUCAGUCGGAUGUCAGCUCCAGUAGCUACCAGCAGCUGAUACUGAAUGAUUCGGGCGCUGCCUCUGAUGUGGUCAACAGCUCGGCCAGUUUGGACAUGCUAUCGAUCUCGGGCGAGGCCGUGCAGUCGUCGUCGCCAAACUCAGCGGCCAUUUCCACAAACUCGGGCUCAUCCAGCAUCAUCAACUCGUCGACAUCCUCAACACCUUCGUCUGACUCGGCGCCAAAUUCCAACUCGUCGUCAUCCGUUUCGAUAUCCUCCUCAUCUGGAGGCAACGGUCCGAUGGGCUUGUGCUCGGGAUCGGGAUCCGGUGCGGCCCAUGUGGCGAACCAGUCCAGCGAUAGUGGUAUCUAUGGUGCCGCCAACACGUCCGUGAAGGACCACAUCAACCAGUUCCUUAGCCGGGCCAGCAGCAGUAGUGAGGAGCCGCUGCCGAAUGUCCCCAUCUCCAUGCAACAGUUGGAGACCUGCAAUGACAUUGAGGCGGCCAUCAUAGCCGCUGCCCGGGCCGCGGCCGCGGCACGCAGUAACAGCUGCAGUCGCAGAAAUUCCCAGGAACUGGAGUCCUCGCAGUCCCUGUCUCUGUCCAAGUCCAAGCAGCAGCAGCAGCAUCAGCAUCAGAGCCCAGUUGCCAAAUCGAAGAUUGCGCCCGUCUAUACGACCUACAAUGUUGGCGUACAGGACUACGACGAGGACCUAGAAGAGCUGAGCUUCCUGGCCGACCUCAGAGAUGCGGAGGUAGACGUGGAGGAGGAGGCGGAAGUGAAAGCGGAGGCUGAUGCCGAGGCUGUUGCAUCGUCAUCCCGCAUAGAUCCAAUCGUAGACUACAUUUCAAGCACUUGGCACGCCAUUUCCACCAGCAAGCAUGUAAUGUUCUACAAAGAGCCCGAACAGGAGAUCUAGGAGGAGCCGGUCGAAGCAGAUACCGCAGCCGCCACAUCAGGCGGCAGUCAGCGAGGGGAUCAGAACUACAAAAACGAAAAGGAGGAUUAGUUUGUAUUGCAUGUCUGUUAAAGUUGCAUUUUUGUUUGCUUCGUGCUGGGCCAUCGAUUGUACACAGAUCUACGGAUAUACACGGAUAUGCUAUAACCAAACGCUUUUGUGCUAAUUAAUGUAACAAACUAUUGAUUAACUAUCGAUUAGAAUUUAAAACCGCGAGCGGCAAAACUAAAACCACCAUGAGUGUCAAAUAAAACCAUGAAAAACUAUGAAAAAAUCAUUCGAAUGGAACCAGAACACAACAUAGGUCAUAGCUGAUAGGACCGUGUCUCUUCCAUUAGCAAAGCCAGGUAGGAGAGCCAAGAGGGCAAGGCAAGGCAAAGCCAAAAAGAACAAUAUCAAAAAGAUCGAGAGAAAACAGAUCCCGGCAAAGACAAAGAGAAAGAUUAAGAAUAACAAGGCAGAAGAUUAUAAUCGAUGAUGGAGAAGUUAUCGGGGGCGACACACAAGACGUUAGAUCAUUAUAAAUAUGAAGACGAAACGAAGACAAAGAUGAUUUUGUUGGACAAAAAAUAAGACGUAGAAGAACGAACUCUCAAUCCAUUAGUACCGCUGUGAAUAGAACAAACAAAAACAAGGGGAGAAAAUCCCUAUAAGAAAUCCUUGAUCCCUACAAUAGGCCAAGUCGGUGACGUAAAAUAUGAAUAUUUAUUAAACACUUAGUUUGGACCGGUGAUUCGGAGUGCGAUUCAGAUAGCAGGCGAUGUUCAGUCAGCAUUUGGAACUGCUUUUGUUAAUUUACAAGUUUCUGGCUCCUUAAAACGCUACGUUUUACUAUUACUAUUACACUUACGAGCUCUAAUUUAAACUACUAUUACUACUAUUACGGAAGCAACCAUUCUUUUUUUUGUACUUUUUAAUGCCUUUGUGUUUCUCCGCUUUAAUGCGCGCGCCUGUAGCUUGUACGAGUAUAUUUUAUCACUACUUCGAGUAAGAUUGAGCAAACUAGUUUAGUUAUAGACAGAGUCAGCCCACAGGGAAGUGAGGGGAGGCAGAGGAAGGGAACCGAUUGAACACUAGCAUAUAGUCGCGUGUACAUAGGAUGCAAAGACCACAGCAUAACGAAAACAAAAUAACAAAACCCAGCUAAGAACUUGAAUAGUUUUGCGUUUAAUUGUUAAAAAAAGAAGCCGCAAAAGAAAAAAAAACCGAAAACGAGAAAGCACACAACAAAUGAUAUGAUAUGUGUGCAUAAAUAAUUAUUAUCUAGAGUUAAGAUCUAUACGGCUAGCCAUAAAGAAGCCGCAUGGGGGAAUGAAAUGAAAAUGUAUGUUAAAACCACAAAACACACACAAAACAAACAAACAACAACAACAAAAAAACAACUAUCAAGCACCUACGAAAAAUGCCGCCGUUUAGCAGCGAGAGAGCCUCAGCAGGCCUUUCCGAGAGUAAAAAAAACAGGAAACAGUUCCAAUAAACCAGAAACCGGAUGAAAACCGUAUAAAAACCACAAAAUGAGUCAAAAAACAAAAAUUAAAUGGAGAAAAUUAAUAUAUAAAAAAAAAACCGUAGCAUUAAAAACGCACCUACAUAGGAAUAUUCAUUAUAUACACCCACACACACACACACAAACACACACAUAUAUAUAUAUACAUGAUACAUGAUACAUAAACAUAUGAUGAACAGAUUUUUUUUUGAGAAUGCCAGUCGUUAAUUAUUUAAAUUCGACUAAGAUAUUUAAGACAUAACUUUAAACAAAACAAAGAAAAAAGUGUCUAAAGCAAAAAAAAAAAUUCAAAAUUAUUAAAAACGCGUAACUAUUUAAAGUUAAUCAAAAAAAGACCCACACACACACAUUUGAAAGGCGAAUAAAUAACAUAAAGCGAAGAAAUUUUGAAACAUUGGAAAAGUUGUGCUGUAUUACGGAAAAGAGAGAGAUGGAGAGAAGAGUGCGAGGGAAACAGGCAGCCAGCGCUUUACGUUUAGUCAGCAAUAGCUGUCUCUUCCUCUCUCUCUCUCUCCCUCUCUCUCUCUGGAUACUUCCCUUCCAUCGAUCUAGAGAAAAAGAAACGAAAAGGAACGUUUAUAAAAGAAAAUGUAAUUUUAAUCAAGUUGCAGGGAGGAUUACCCGUUAUAUACUGAAGAGUAUGAAUAUGUAAUCCACGAAUAAGGACAAUUCUACAAAACAAAUGAUAUGCAACCACUAAGUCAAACUAAGCCAAUGUACACUGCAUCAAUUUUUAGAAAAAAUUAUAACUAUUUAGCGACAAAAGAGACAGAAAAACCCACAAAAAUAACUAAAAAAAAAGAGAAACAAAAGCAAAUUGAAAUUAUAUGAAAGAUAAUGCAAAUUAACUCUGAAAUAUAAAUUAUAUUAUAUAUAUAAAUAUACGUAUAAAUAUUACACAGGCCAGGCCCUUGCUGCCUCUCAAAGAUACACUGGAUCAUUCGUUUUUAUAAUCCGCAUAGAACAUCAAUGAAUUAAAAAUGUAGCACAUCUUAGAGGAGUGUAUAUGUGUGUAUUAACGUUGAACAGUGACGUGUAGUACUGCAGCAACACCCCUGUUGGCCUGUGUUAUAUAUAUUUAUAUAUAUAAAUUAUAAACAAAAAUUCAAAUCAACGUUUCUUAUGUGUGUGUAUUUAUGUAACAUGUAGUUGCGUGUAUGUGUAUAUAAUAUAGUAAAAAUGUUAGCUCUCCACCAUCUAACAUACGAAAAAAAGAAGAAAAAAACAGGGAGAGGAGAUUCCCCUUGGCAGUGAUUCGCCUCUCAGUGCCCUCCCCCAUCCCAUCCAAAAAGCCGAUGGCGCUUUGUAAUUACUUAUUUAUUUUCUAUAUUUGACCCCAAAUUCGUGUAGCAUUUGUGGCUGCGCAAGAGCUUUUCGGAGUCUGGAAGCCAACAGACCCAGGAACUAAAAUUUCUUCAUUUCGCUAUUUAAUGAGCGUAGUUAGCAUAUUUAUCCAGUUGACACGAUAAAGUCGGCCCCAGAAAUGACUCGUAAAUCCCUUGCAGUUGGGCACAAUGGUUCCACUACUUGAUGCGUGGUUAUCAUACGCAAGAUGCAUGUUUGCUUUAUAAAACUACAACAUUCUGUUCUGAAUAUUAAACAGAACGAUGGGUAUUUGGAUACUUUUUAAACAAACAAAUUAUUUAAAACAAUUUUAACAUUUUUUUGUACAUACAAAUUGCAACUUAAGACCCGUUUGUAAAGUUCGAUAUAAAAUCAGAACAAAAUGAUCUGCGUAGAAAAUUAAGCAAAGCCCGAAUUCCUUUUACACUGUCUUUACCGUAUAAAUUUUGAUUCAUCUCUCUCAACUACAUUUUUGUACAUACAUAUAUACUGAAGGGAGUGUAUUUUGCGUAGGAUAACUUAAAGUCUAGUGAUUGAAACGUUGACCCAGCCCUCAAGGUAAAUGCACGGCAAUUGUUGGGGUCGGUUGGCAUGUGUUUCGUAGAGUUCGAAUUGCAUAAUUUCCGUAUUGUUUGCACUUGUUGAUUUGCCGAUAAGCAGCAGUAACAAUAAAAAAA